UCCACUGUGAGGUUAUAUCAGCGUAACAGAUUUAAAAGUUUGUAAAAAUUCAAAUAAGUUUUUAAAUUGUUUCUUGUGCCAAUAAAAAGUUUCUAUUGAAUCUAUUAACCAAAAAUGCGCUGGAAACGACCAGACAAUGUUCCAGUGGGGAAAGUGUGGAGCAGGUUUCAAGGCAAGGCUAGAAAUGGUAGUCCCGGAUUGAUGUAUCAAAUUCGAGACAUGGAUGAAUCUUACAGGACCAUCUGCUUAGACUUGAUGACUAAAACCUUUCUGCGAGAUGAGCCUAUAUGCAAAGCGUUAGAUAAUACAAAUGAUCCCGAAUCAAUAGAAGCUAUUAGAAAGAAUUGGAACGAAAUAAUGGACCAAAAACUUUCCAUAGCUUGCUUUACUGAAGAGAACGGGGAACCGAAAGAAUUAGUUGGUCUUAAUAUCCUCAUGGUCAAAUGCACGGAUGACGACAAAGAAAAUGUAGAAAAGGUUAAAGGCAAAGUUUGGAGGCAGGUUUUGAAAACAUUGAUAGUUGCUGAGAGUCUAGUUGACGUGUUUUCACUAUACGGAGUCGAUACCUACUUGUCAUCCAGUGGACUGGUAGUGAUACCCGGACAUAGAGGACAGAACAUCGGUGUCAGAUUUUUGGAAGCCAGGAAAAAUAUUUGCGAAGAAUUUGGUAUAAAAGUAACGUGCACAGUAUUCACGGCGAUAACUUCACAAGUGUUGGCGACUAAAUGUGGCUACGAAGUGCUAGCCGAAUUACCAUACUCUGAAAUGAUAAUGUAUGGCAUCGAUUUGAGCGGCUCUGACUGCCCAAGCGCUAAAGUUAUGGGGAUCAAAUAUUGUUAAUAGAAAAAUAUAAUUACAAAAAUCCCGACGUAAAAGCGUAAUUAGAUGUGUGAGAAUGAAAAAUGUAGGAAAGGAAAUAGAGAAGACAUUUCAAGAUUGGAUAUGUUUUAAAUUGUCAUGCAUUUGUAUUUCCAGUAUUUAAACUAUAUAAUUAAAAACCAAAAAUAAUUAUACGAAAUAUUAUAAAAACUACAUGAUUUGCCACCAUUCAAUAAGUACUGGCAACUCUUAAAAAUACCAUACCAUAUGAAAAUAUUCAUAGUCUUACUUUUACCUGACUUAGGAACAAUUUUUUUUUUGAAGGCUUAUCUUUGAUCACAAUAUUUUCCAAUUAAAAGCAAAUAAGAGGUCUGGCUUAGUAAUAAGCUUCGCAUAUUCAUCAUUUAUUCUUGAAGAUACCCAAGUGUUUAUAAGCACACGAUUUUUCCAGAAACAUACCGAAGAACUCAUUCUCUGAAAUUCGCCUUCAAUUCGUUUACCUAGUCUUCAAAAGCAUUCUCUUCUGUCGGGGUUUUAAAUUAGUUAUUUUCGUGGCUAACCCACCUUUGUAUAAGUAUAAGUAGAAAUAACAGCAUAGAAAAUAGGUUAUUUAUUCUUCUAUUUAUUGUCAAAAAUUUUUUUUUUUCUAUUUAUUAUCAACUUAGAUUUUAUUUACUAUUUAAGUUUUUAGUUACAUCAAGCUUUGUUAAAUAAAUAAAUGCAGUAUAAUAGUAAUAAGAGCCAGUUCCUCUGGUUUACCGUGAGUUGUGGUAAGGUGACCCAGAACUGUGGAGGGGAUUGGAGGUAGGAACAAAAACGCGCUUGCGAUGCUUCUUGUGUCGCAGGCGUCUAUAAACUACGGUAACCGCUUACUAUCAGAUGAGCCGUACGCGUUUGCCGCCCUAUUUGUGUAUUUUAAAAAAAAAGUUUAUGAUAUAUGUAUCCUUUACCGUUGAAUACAGAUUAUAUUAUGAGGU